AUCACGGCAGGAUCUCGGGCCACUUUUCGAUGCUCUGCAAGUGAGCCUUUCCAAGAUAUGCGCCUCAAGUGGAUAAAGGAUGGGGAAAGGAUAAAGGCAAACUACACCCAAAUGAUGUCUACUGAUCCAAAGGGGUUACACCAUUUGGCAAGCAUUGUGGAAAUCUUGCUUGCUCAAGGAGAUGUGAAGUCUCAGCUGAGCUGCCAGGUCCAAUACAACAUAUCCCAGAAGUCUCAGAGGAACUUCCCUCUUGGUGAUGUCCUAAGAGCCGAACCAUUCCAGGUUCAGAUUCAUGGCCCCAAAGGCAGAAUCACGGCAGGAUCUCGGGCCACUUUUCGAUGCUCUGCAAGUGAGCCUUUCCAAGAUAUGCGCCUCAAGUGGAUAAAGGAUGGGGAAAGGAUAAAGGCAAACUACACCCAAAUGAUGUCUACUGAUCCAAAGGGGUUACACCAUUUGGCAAGCAUUGUGGAAAUCUUGCUUGGGCAAGGAGAUGUGAAGUCUCAGCUGAGCUGCCAGGUCCAAUACAACAUAUCCCAGAAGUCUCAGAGAAACUUCCCUCUUGGUGAUGUUCUAAGAGUUCCUCCCAAAAUGCGUCUUGAGACCAUUCCACCUUCCCCCGUCCAGCUGAAUGCCUCACUGAUGGUCACUUGCAACGCAGAAGGUUUUUAUCCAGGUGAUGCAAAGUUGGAGUUGUUGUCCGAGGAUGCCCCAAACAGGAAAGGAAUGGUUAGUCGGAGAAUUUCAAAUCCUGACGGGACAUUUUCCCUCAAGAGCUACCUGGAGGUGACGGCCACCGAAGACAAGAACUCUUCCGCGUUCCUUUGCCAGGUCCUGCAGGAUUUCGAGCCUCUGGCCAGUGAAAUCGCCACUCUCUUCAUUACAAGUCCGCUCAAAAAAUCAGAAAACUCUCAGCAACAAUCCCUCCUUGUUCUCUGCAUCGCACUUUUCCUGAGCAAAGGAGCCGCCGUUCUUUUCGUCUCUUGUCUCUUCCUAGGAAAAGCGUGCGGAUUAAAGAGGAGAAAAUCUCCUUCCGGAACAUUCCAGGAAGUGAGGCAGUCUGGAACAUCAAGUUAAGGACUCCUGUUAUUCAUAGAUUUUCAGAUUGAGAAAGGAUCCGAUUAAGAUAUCAAUAAUAAUAAUAAUAAUAAUAAUAAUAAUAAUAAUAACAACAACAACAACAACAACAACAACAACAACAACAACAAUAAUAAUAAUAAUAAUAAUAAUAAUAAUAAUAAUAAUAAUAAUAAUAUAAAAAUAAUAUAAAAAUAAUAAACAUGUAACAGUGAUACCAUGUCCAAGAAUUUUAUAAGAUACAUCAACAAAUUGCAGCUUCCUGCAAUAACACCAGCAGGGCCGCGGUGUGGCUCAGGCUGUAAGAAGCCUGUUAUUAAAAAAAACACAGCUGCCUGCAAUUACUGCAGGUUCUAGUCCCACCAGGCCCAAGGUUGACUCAGCCUUCCAUCCUUUAUAAGGUAGGUAAAAUGAGGACCCAGAUUGUUGGGGGGGCAAUAAGUUGACUUUGUAAAUAUACAAAUAGAAUGAGACUAUUGCCAUACACACUGUAAGCCGCCCUGAGUCUUCGGAGAAGGGCGGGAUAUAAAUGUAAAUAAAAUAAAAUAAAUAAAUAAAUAAAAUAAACUGCAAAAAACUGUGCUACUUGCAACAUCGUACAUCUUAAGAAGGUCCUUGGUUGAUACCCUAGGACGCUGGCAGCAACCCGUAUCAACCAUUAGCACAAGCCAAUGGUAUUUGUGAUGUAUUUUUGAAUGUUCAGUUGACUGAGUUUCAUUUUUAAUGAAUAAAGUAAAUAAUAAUAAUAAUGAGAAGAAGAAGAAAAAGGAGGAGGAGGAGGAGGAGGAGGAGGAGGAGGAGGAGGAAGAGAAGAAGAAGAAGAAGAAGAAGAAGAAGAAGAAGAAGAAGAAGAAGAAGAAGAAGAAGAAGAAAAAGAAGAAGAAGAAGCUUGUAUAAUGAGCACUUCAUUCUCCCAAAUGUUCUAAGCCUAUAAAACCAAUACAGAGAUUUUUUUUAAAAAAAAGAACCUUGAAAACUGAAAGUAAUUGUUGUUGUUUUUUGUUGUUGUAAAAGAUUUUUGUUGUAAAAGAUUAGGAAGGAAAGGUGACAAAUAUUUGCUUACAGAAGCGAUAAAGGAGCAAAUGUAAAAACCAUAGAAUUUGGGGGUGCAGAUAUGAUUUUGAACUAUGAAGAAGCAACAAAACACCAAAUGUCCAUGUUCUAUACUUGUGUGUCCACCAUUUACAGAGUCAAAGAUUAUUUGCCAGGAAUUCUAUCACUCAAUAAAUUUAUGU